AUGUCGGUGUCUUCGUCCUCUUCCUUAAGCAGCCUAAUCCACAUGCCACCGUGCCGGAGCCCUAGACAGAACUCGAACCCGACCCGUUUUACAAUCCACUACUCUCACAAGCCAUCCAUACAGCUCUCAGUAAACAGGUCGCCGGCGGUAGACGUUAUCCGGCAGAUCACUAUUUCCUCCGUUCUCUUCUUGGGCCUGAGCCUAAACGGAUUUUGUGCUUCCCUGCCCUCAGCGUCGGCCCGCAUUCCUCCUUCCACCUCUCCGUCCUCCGUGGCCCAGCUUCAAGACCAGCAAGAAACCCAUGACAGUAAUGGCGUGGGUAAAUCUGGGAAUGCUGAGGACAUUGAAGAUGAGGAAAAGAAAGCAGCAUUUGAGCGGUGGAAAUCCAAAACAUAUGCUUUAACUGUGCCUUUAACAAUUGUGGCUUUGCAAAAUUCACUACCUCCUUUAUGGCUCAAGGAAUUCUUGCAAUCACAAGGAAAGAGAGUGAAGUUACGUCCACAGUUUCGACGAAGCCUGCAUGACAUCUUUUAUGAACUUUCUAAUCCAUUCAACAAAGGCAAAGUUAAUCCUAAAUCUGCUGCGAUGGCGGAUGCCGUUACUCUUGGUGAUUCAUGGUUAAGUUUGGCCAUCAACAAUGGCUUGAUUGAGCCCUUGGAAGGAGCAGAAGAUCAAGACUGGUUUCAAGGCUUAAGUGACAAAUGGAAGGUAUAUUUACGCAGGAGCUGUGAGGGAAAGUUAGAUUCUCAAGGUAGAAUAUGGGCUGCGCCGUAUCGUUGGGGGAGCGUGGUGAUAGCUUACAACAAAAAAGAAUUCCGAAAGCAUAAUCUGGCUCCUAUCGAGGACUGGGCAGAUUUAUGGAGGCCUGAACUUGCUGGGAAAAUUUCAAUGGUUGAUUCACCACGAGAGAUUGUUGGUGCAGUGUUGAAGUACAUGGGAGCAUCAUAUAAUACAGUCAACAUUGACUUGCAAGUUGUUGGUGGGAAACACGCUGUGCUGCAGAAGCUUGCGUUACUUGUUCAACAGGUUCAACUAUUUGAUAAUCUGCACUAUCUUAAAGCCUUUGGGGUAGGAGAUGUAUGGGUAGCUGUUGGAUGGAGUAGCGAUGUUCUUCCAGCCGCUAAAAGGAUGUCAAAUGUUGCAGUGAUUGUUCCAAGGUCUGGCGCUAGCUUAUGGGCAGACUUGUGGGCAGUACCGGCUGCCUCAAGACUUGCUACUGAUCGAAUUGGGGGACGAGUCAGAGGACCAUCUCCACCCUUGUAUCAGUGGAUAGAGUUCUGUUUACAACCCGAAAGAGCAUUGCCUUUCAAGAAAGAAGCAAUUGUAGGUGCAUCGCCAAUUACCCUGGAAGCACAAUUUGAAGAGCAGGAGGAGGUUAGCAAGGGUAGACCAAAGCUCGACACAAACCUUGUUGCCAAUGUGCCGCCUGCUGAAAUUCUUGCCCGGUGUGAACUCUUGGAGCCGUUAUCUGAUGAUGCAUUGUCCGAGUAUCAGUGGCUACUAGGUAGUUUACCGAAAUCUAAUCAUAAUGCAUCGAGCAGGCUACUGCAGUAUUUCUCUUCGGUGGCUCCAAUCUUUUGGCCCAAAAUACGGCCGAAGGUUGAAUCAAUUGGGCAAAAACACUGA